AUUCAAUGCAGAAUCCGCGUGUUACGAUAGCAACGUUACAUACCAAAAUCUGUUUCGUAGGCGUGUUUUCUGUUUCAUGGUUUUCUUUGUUUCCUAAUUGGUUCUUCACGUUUUUUGCGCCUAAUGUUGUAGUAGGUUUUUGAUCCGGAAACUAUUUAUCCCUGCAAACAUGUCGAAAGGAUUGAAGUUAAAGUAACAUAGCCGGAGUUAAGGUCUUCCCUGGAAGGUUUUUGCAUGCAAACGACAGUGAAGAAUAAACACCAAAAUGAAAUCAACUGAACACGGCUAGGCAGUACACAUGGAUGUUUUUAAUAAUCUUCGUUGCAAGUUUCACUUUGAUGUUUUAACGUCUAUAAUACAACUACUAGUCUUCCUGGGCACUACUAUUCAUACACUUGAGUGAAAGGGUUAUUGUCAGCUAUAAUAACUAGACUAUAUUCAUCAUGAUUAUGAUUCUUUUUAAAGUCAAUCACAUUUCUGAAUUAAUAGAUCCUAUGAUUGGAACUCAUACAAAUUCUACUGGAGGAUUCUGGGUGCAUCUAAAAAAGGUAUUACAUAUCUCUAAUCGAUAAAAUGAUAUUGGAUAUUCAAAGUGAUAAGUCAAGUGUUGGACAAAGUGCCUUCAACAUCAUCAAGACAUUACUUCUCGAUGCUAGUGAACAGAAACGUAAAGUUACAAUUGGUUUAUCCGGUGGAAGUAUGCCCCAAUUGCUUGCACCGUUCAUAUGCUCACUUUCAACGUCUAUCCCUACGAUUAAUUGGAGUUUAGUGCACUUCUUCUAUUGUGAUGAACGAUUAGUCCCCCUGGACAGUGUAGAUUCAAAUCAUCAUAGUUAUCAGGAGCUGAUCUAUUCAAAAAUUAAUAUCCCUCAAUCAAAUAUACAUACUGUGAAUACAUCGUUAUCAUUAGAAGAGGCUGCUACCGAUUAUCAAAAACAAAUUUUGGCAUUCUUUGAUUCUGAGAAUGGUUAUCCUCGCUUUGAUUUACUCCUACUUGGUAUGGGUCCUGAUGGACAUACAUGUUCAUUAUUUCCUAAUCAUAAACUACUUUAUUAUGAAGACUUCGUCGUAGCGCCGAUAUCGGAUAGUCCUAAACCACCGCCUCAAAGAGUCACUUUGACUAUUCCUGUUAUUAAUAAGGCCGAAAAGGUGGUAUUUAUGGUCACAGGAUCAGAUAAAGCUCAAGCAAUAAAGGCUGUACAUCGAUCAAGUCAACCAGGUCCAUCUAUGCCGUGUUCACUGAUUCAUCCAGUUCAAGGGGAAUUGAUAUGGAUUUUAGAUAAAGCGGCUGCCAGUGAAUUAGACACAUGAAAUCAGUAAUAAUAAUAACUAUUAUUUUUACAUAUAUUUUCUUCACCUUACAUUUCCCUUUUCCCACUUUGUGUAAUAUAAUAAUUCUGGUUGUGUAUUUGUGUGCAGUGUUGCACGUAAAUUUUUCUGCUAUCUUCUAUUUUGUCGAUUGAUUAUGUAAUCAUCCCUUAGGUAUCUUGGAUUUGAUCUUUCCUACUAUACAUACGUAUGCUUUGUUUCACGUAUGAAAUAAAUUGGUUAAUUUAUU